UAGUUUCAAUAUCGCGAGGUUUCGUGCGCUGUCGAGUUGUCCUCCGGAAGAUCUCGUGAGACCUUUCAGUAGUGGACUGCACGGCUGCGUCCUCCUGAAUAUUCAGUCCCCGCAGGACAACAGCAAACUGCCUCCAGCACCUUGACUGAAGUACCCGCCUUUCCUGGAAUCAUGGGGAAUAUUUUUGGGAAUUUGCUGAAAAGCCUCAUAGGAAAAAAGGAGAUGAGAAUCUUGAUGGUGGGCCUCGACGCUGCUGGAAAAACGACAAUCCUUUACAAACUGAAACUGGGGGAGAUAGUCACCACUAUCCCUACAAUUGGAUUUAAUGUUGAGACGGUGGAGUACAAGAACAUCAGCUUCACCGUGUGGGACGUGGGUGGACAGGAUAAGAUCCGGCCCCUCUGGAGGCACUACUUCCAAAACACUCAGGGUCUGAUCUUCGUGGUGGACAGUAAUGACAGAGAACGUGUGAACGAAGCUCGAGAAGAGCUGAUGAGGAUGCUGGCUGAGGACGAGCUGAGAGAUGCCGUGCUUCUUGUGUUUGCAAAUAAACAGGAUUUACCAAACGCCAUGAACGCCGCCGAGAUCACAGACAAGCUGGGCUUACACUCCCUCCGCCACCGCAACUGGUACAUCCAGGCCACAUGCGCCACGAGUGGCGACGGCCUCUACGAGGGCCUCGACUGGCUGGCCAAUCAGCUCAAGAACAAAAAGUAGGAAGGGGGUAAAUCUGGAAAACACAGCCAGCAAGCCAUCCCGAUCCAGUGUUUUCCUUCCUCUGGGGAUGGAGGGUGAGGGUUUGGUACAAGGGUUUUGAUUGGUAGGUGCAAAGCAAGACCCCGAUUCUGAGAAAGACUUCAUUUUUGCUCUGUGCUCAGUGGUUAUUUAAAGAAACAGAGUUCAUAUCCAACCACAUACACUGAUUCACCCUAAUCGUAACCAGUCACAGCGGACACUUGUGUUUUUCUCCGCCCACCUCUUGUCCCUGGGUUUGGUGUGCUCUGUGUUUGUCUGUAGUUGCUGUGUCCAGUUUCUGUUUUUAAAGCCGUAAGUCAUUUCUGUAAACAGCAGCAGUCCUGUCUGACCUCCACUUACCUUCAUCGUCGUUUCGUCCAGCAACGUCACAGAGAUGUUUUACACGACAAUAGCAUCUAGCAGGUUGCAGCGGUUUGCUCUCCUUACCUUUUUGUUAGCAGUGCUGAACACUUUUACUUUCCAGAUUCCGGCAGCAGAGGCAUUAUUCAUCACAAACAGCUCUCUCCACAUGCCGAAAAAAUGUCCUCUUCUGCCACAUAAAGGGAAUGAAUUCAUGUUCUGUAUUUAGCUUCAACCACAUUCCUGUCAACUCAGGCCAACCUCUCUGUCCCUACAGCAUGAUGCUGCCACCACCAUGUUUCUUGGUGGGGAUGGUGUGUUAAGCGCCAUGCGCAGUGUUAGAUUUCCACCUGGGCCAAAAAGAAACAUCUUGACCAGCGCACCUUCUACUACACGUUUGCCCCUACAUGGCGCAUGGCAAACUUGGAACAGGAGUGCCUGUGGUUUCAUUUUAGCAUUUUUUGCCACUCUUUUAUUAUAAAAGCCAGAUUUAUGGAGCACAGGCUUGAAAACAACAGCAGACCUUCUGACCUGCAAGGUCACAGAACCUUAUUUUACAGUAUAAUAGCAUAUUGCAGAAAUAUGUACCAUCAUAGUUAGCUCUAAUGAUUUUCUCACCUUUCCUAUUUAUGAGCAAUGCUGCAAACCUUUGAGUCGGUGUCCAGAUGUAGGCAGUGGCUGAAGAAAUAAUAAUAACGCUAAAGAAAAGUCCUCUUUCUGCCACAUUCUGGAGAUCUCUCAAGGUCCAUGCUAUGUUUCUCGUUGCCUUGUGGCAACCUGAAGCGCUGAAGCCAUCCUUUGUUAAAUAUUUAAAGCUGUGCAACACGCUGUAAAUCGCCUGACCUGCAUGCAACCUUAUCAGCAUCAGUUCUCCCGUUACAGAGCCGUAGAUAAGGACGCUGCCUGUAGAUUUUCACCAACCUGCCCUCAAUUUCAGCACAAAAAAACUAACUAGAUCACCACUUUCUGCGUCAGCUGGCAGCACCUGCUCAUCAGCUUUAAAGUGAGACACAGGCAUUAACUUUUUAUAACAUGUACAGCUGCUGCUUUUCCGCCUUCAUAUGUGUCUCAACCGGCUAUCAAACAGUGGUGGUUCAUGUUGUUCCCAGCUGAUUCUGUCACUGGUAACUGUACAGCUGAAUGUGAAUAUUGCAGAGGAAACUUCAGCCAGCUAUAAUUAUAGAUUAAUUCAUGUUUCUGGUCGUGUAUUUGCGUUAUUGAUGCAAAGGAGAGCAGAGUAAGCAGAUGAACAUGUCUGGUAUAGUAAUUUUUACAGAAAAUACAUCCCACCAUGCCGCUGAUUCGCUUUCAAUCGGCAGCCGAAUGAAGGCGUCAAACCAGCUGAAUCCACAGGUUUUUAUAGUGUCUUGCAAAGGUAUUUAGGCUUCACAUUUUGCAUCAUUACAGCCACAAGCUUCAAGUUAUGUUUUUGGAUAUUUAUGUGACAGACCACCACAAAGAACUACAUAAUGGUGAAGUGGAGGGAAAUCCCCACAUGGCUAUUGCAUUGUAUUAAAUCCAUCAUCCUAACUCCUCUAACUAGUUUUCCUAUCCCUUCCAAAGAAAAAGGCUUCCCCACAGCAUGAUGCUGCCACCUCCAUGCCUUACUGUGGGGUUUGUAUGUCAAGGUAAUCUGCAGCGUUAGUUUUCCAACAGAUUUAGUGUUUUGCUUGUAGGUUAAGAAGUCCACUUUUGUGCUCGUCUGAUUUUCAUUGUAAAAACAAACCAAAACUUUAAAAACAAUAAUUUUCCUUCUAAUUCACUGUUAUGUCGUGCUGUUGUUAUGGUCUAUCCACCAUGUCCUGACUAAAUACUCUGGAAUUUCUUAUUGAUAAAAUACCAACAGUUCAAGUUUAAGGGGUAUGAAUACUUUUGCAAGUCAUUCAUGUCAACAAAAGGGUUUCCUUAUACCAUCCUCUGUCAUACACUAGUUACAGUAUCACACACUCUGAUAUCUUAUCAGUUUAAUCCUCUAAUAUUUAUAAGAUAGUUAGCUUAAUUAAUCAGUAAUUUUUGGGGUUUAUGUGGCCUUAUGCUCAAACUUUUAAUUUGACCUGCACACAUUUAUCUAUUUGAAGAAAAACAACCUGCAUUUCAUCAGUCAGUGCCCUCAAAAGGCAGAUUUCGCACUGCACCUCAGAAUGAUAAGGCAAACAUUUCCUCAGAGUAUCUUCUUUGUUCUGCUGGUAUAAUGGAUUCAUGUUUGGUGGUUAGAGUCCUUUGGUUUUCUUUGGGGUUUAAAUAAACUUUCACGUAGGCUGUGUCUGUAAAACAAUGGUGACUAGUGUGGAAAACAUAUUCCCUAUAAUUCUUUUUUUUUUUUUUUUACCAUCAUAGUUGCACAAGUGGAUCAAAAUAAAAUGCUCCAGAGCUGAAUGCAUGGAGACAUCUGUAUGUGAUGUAAGGCAAGAUCCUGCUGUAUUAAAAAAUAAACUCAUUUUCUGUACAACCUGUU